AUGAUUACACCCACGACAUCAACUCCGUCGGAGUUAAAACUUUCGGAACAAAAUUGCGAUCUUUUGUGCGAGCUAGCUGAGACGCUUACAAUGCACAAUGUCCAGCAGUACAACACGUUGCUUAAAACGAAGGACGGUUUUGCUGACAGGCGGCGAUGGAAGGAGCUGCGGCGUAAAGAUGGCGUGCGUAUUUAUCGUGAGCGCACCCGUAAUAACGGCUUGCCCUCCAUACCGUCGUUGCUUUUGCUUGGAACUCUUGAGGGGACGCUUAAUGAUGUUAUGUACGGCGCUGUGGCUACUACGGAUGAGGCUAUCCGAUUUAGGACCUCUUGUAUCCAGGACGGUGUUGUUGACAGUAAGGUACUUCACGAGCUGGCUCACCCUUCAAUGGAUGAUCCUUUUCACCACGUGAGUGUUAAGUGGCGACUAUACAACAAUCAGCGUGAUUACGUCUCCUUGGACACCACAGGAAUUGCGUACACGGUGAAGCGCGAGCGCAUCGGAUAUAACAUAUCACACUCAGUGGCCUUUGCAGAUGUAUCAGGGACAGAGGAGAUGCAUGGUAUCGAACGGGGAAACAUGUCAGUUUGCUCCCUUUACAUUCAAAAGACCCCGACAACUGUUGAGUGCUAUGUGCGCGGAUUCUUUGAUUUCCACACACAGAACGAAAUGGUAAAUACAAUGUCGCUUCAGGCCAUGGCUUCGCAAUGGGCUUCAUUCACUAGAAAUGCCGAGUGUGCGUUAAUGAAAAAGCUGGUAUGGCGCAUGCAGAAACUGUCAGGCCGCCCCACGUCACAGUCCCUUUUUAAUGACAAUUCAUCAUUCACCCUGAAACCAGCCGCCGUCACUCGUGGACAAUGUGCUGUGUGCUUUAAAAGCUUUGGCUUUCUUGGCGCCAAAGUCAAGAGCUGCAAGAGCUGCCUGCGGCGAAUUUGUUCAAAAUGUUGCUCUAGAAAGUUUGUAUGUAUCGUCGCCCCAAGUCAGUCUGUUGUCGAAGAGAAGCACGACUUCUGCUCGAUAUGCCUCGUGGAUGCAGCUAAUUGUGACGCACUGGAAGUAGCUCAAGAGGAGCUGGCUAGCUCAAAAGUAUUUUACGAGGCAUGUUUGGUUGAACCUCAAGAUAAGGCACGGUGUAUCUAUUUAACGUCGAAUUAA